AACACGUGCUCACACCAUGCUGAAAGCGUGGCUAAUUCACACCUCUGUGCAACAGGCGUUCAGGUGCCGAGAGUUUCCACGUGCCCGUUUGCUCUGUUGUUCAGUAAUGGUCCAGCAGGGUAACUGAGGGGGGAAGCGACCACGCGUCAUUGACACCUCAUCACCAAUGACAAGCCAGCAUCCCCAAUAAAGGCAAGAGUUUGCGAGGCCCUCCACCACAGUAGCAUCAUUUCCUCGAGAAACACAGACCAACGGGAAUAUACGUUUUUUCAUACUCCUCGACAGAUCAUGGUUACUCCAAAAAUGGCAAGUCGACGACCAGCGAAAAGAAUCUUGAAACCCGUAAUAGAGAAGAAACGGAGAGACCGGAUUAACCAGCGUUUAGAUGAGCUGCGAACGCUCCUCCUGGACAACACUCUAGACUCGCGACUUCAAAACCCCAAACUGGAGAAGGCUGAAAUUCUGGAAUUAACUGUUGAAUACAUUCGGACGAAAGCCACAGCUGCGAGAGGUCGUCUAGGCGACUCUAACAAAGACUCGGACCCUCAUGAUGCUAACGCUCCGACUCUGCUCUCAACGAGACCCCACGUACCCUUCGCUUCAGUCCCCGAGUCUAUCAGUGUCCAGAAGCAGAUGCCCUCCAAUCCUAUCUACAAAGCUGGUUUUAAGGAGUGUGUCUCCCGCCUGGCCAGCUUCAUCGAAUGUGUAGAGCCUUCCCAGCGAGACGGCUUCGUUCAAGGCCUGUGUCACCACCUUGACUCCUACAGCAGUACUCUUUCCCAGUGUAGAGUUUCCAGCCAAGCUGCCCACCACCCGUGGAUCCCAAAUGCAGAGUUGACAUGCAGGACGGACGUCCCUGUGAUAGGACCCAUGAGAGCCAACGCUGAGCCAUUUUCCUACACCAAUAGUUUGUAUCCUCAAUCUUUUAUGCUCCAUCCCACAGGACAGGCCAUGCCACAUCCCUACCUCUCCCCUCCAUACUCCCUCUCUCCUCCACCCUCUCCUUGUUACUCAAGCAGCUCUCCCACAUACCUCUCUGUCCCCUGCCAUUUCCCUUUCCCUCCCACCAUCUCUCCACUCUCCAGUGACUCUUCCUCGUCAUCUUUCAGUCUCUCAACCCCUGCCGUGCCUAUAGUCCCAGGACCUCAUGUUCAGGUGGGCUCCCCCACUCGAGUGCGACCCACUGGCUCGACUCCCUCUUGCCAACCCCGGGCUCUGAGACGAGCUCUGUUCCACAGCCAGCCACAGUCUGUGUGGAGGCCCUGGUGAGCAAAACCCAAAACACUUCGAGCAACAUCUUCCCAUCAGAUCUCCCUUCAGGCAUUGAGGAGGCUUGUGGGCUUCACAUGGAAAAGAAAUGGAAGCGAGGGUCCUGUGCAUGAGUACAAGUGAAGGCGAGUGAGAAACAUUAGGAGCUCUGUGAUAAUCAUACGUGACUCGGUUGUUAUUAUUGCUCAUGUAUGUGUUUGCAGUUUUUGCUUCAACUCAAAUCCCGCUAUCACAUUUUUUCUUUGCAGAACCAUUCUACUUUCAUAUCUG